AUGGCGGUCAGCGAACGAAUAUCACAGCUCAUGAGCGCCCUCGACACUGGUUCUGGCCCCGAUACCUCUCGUGCCACCUCACCGGGUAGUGACUGGCGGCAGCCGAACGGCGGCGUCAAUGGCGAGGAUGAGAGACGCCGUCCGCGAACAUUUCCCUACUUCGAAUACCUCCCAUACCAGACAGAAGACCAGAGCGAUCGCGAAGAGAGCCUGAACACAUGUCUGAAGCACCUCUACAUCGCCGUCUCAGCUGGAGACUUUGCGCCAGGCGCUGUACACUGGACACGCGAGAUUCGAGGCUGGCUGUCGCUCAAGUUCGAUCUUCCCCGGAGCACGCGCGUGAAGUUGGUGAAGCUCUACUACGAGCUGGCGUUGGCUCCGGGGCUGGAUUACCUUGUGGCGGAGCGAUUUGCGAGCAUGUUCAUGGUGUUGACCAAGCGUAAACAUUACCUGCGACCCGGCAAAGACCUCAUACUCGACUGGCGGCCGUUGUAUAGAGAGCUGAAGAUGUUCGUCCUGCCUUCAGAAUCCGGAGGCUCACACCCGCCCAACGUGAAGCGCAACAUCCGUACCUUGACCAAGAUGUGCACCUUUGCGCAGUCAUACUUUGACCCCAAGGAGAUACCGGCCAUAAUGGAAGAGCUUCUGCCCUUCUUCAGCACGUCCUUCAGCGAGAACGCGUUCGUGGUUGUGGGCCUGCUGAACUUGCUUUUCCCAACCCAUCCCGCGCCCGAGGACAUGAAGCAACUGCUGCCUCAAGAAUACCUCCCGACCUUCUUCCAUCUAUGGUCGCUCGUCAACCGGUCGCGACUCUUCGACGCACACUACAUCGAUACACUGUCGAGAUUAUCUAGGGACAACCUAAGUGCGGCGCAUAUACCCUUCUCACAGUAUGGAGUAUUUACCGGCGAGCAGUCGUCUCAAAUCUUCACGGCCAUCCUGCGGCUGCUCGAAAUUCCAGUUGGACAGGCGACGUCGCCGUAUAGCAGUACGGUCGAUCUUGGUGCAGGCCUGGCUGUGAUGCUUGACCGUGACCCACGGAAGCAUCCAUCGACUCACCACAUCGCCCGCAUCAUUGCCAUGUCGCUAUCUCCCGCUUGCGCAGAGCAACCCGACUCCAUUCUUACUAAGCUUGAAGGGCUGAUUCAGGCUGUGGAGACUUUCUUCCAUCCAUCCAAUUCGGGUAGUUGGACUAGACCUCUGGCACAGUUUGUAUACUACCUGGCCGAUAUCUUUGUGUUGCGGUGGAAUCGAGAGCACAGUGGUGAGAUGGACGUGCCGGAGGAGAGGAAGCUGAACGAUGCAGUCAAGAGGCGCUUCGUACUCUGCUUACGGGAAGUCACAUUCAUGGGCAUCUUCUCCAAGAGCGACAAAGCCGUGCAAUACGCCUUGUCCACUCUACAGAGCUUGGCACACCUUGAGCCCAACUUGAUUCUCCCAGGGGCAUUACAGCGCAUCUACCCCGCAAUGCAAGGGCUCGUUGAGGUGCAUCGCACCAUUUCGUCUAUAAGGGCGUUGCACAUGCUCUCCAAGGUCAUGGCCAAGACAAAGGGCUUCCGGUGCCACGUUACCUCUGUGCUCGGGCUUGCGCUCCCUGGUAUCGAUGCCAACGACCUGGAGAAGACGGUACAUACCUUGCAGUAUGUCCAAGGUGUGUGCUACCUUAUCCCAUUCCAGGACCUCACAAAGGCCAAGAAGGCGUCGAGUGACGAGACCUCUCGAGACGGAGCGACCUCACCUAUGGACGACGCUGGUGGUAACACGGGGCUUGCUUUGGAGUGGAUCACCUCACAAGUCGAACGAUUAGAGAGCGCCAACGGAAACAUUGAGAUCAACUACGACGAGGAGCUUAGUGACGAGGAUGAGGCCAUGAUCCUGCGGUCAUCAACGACUGGGCUCAACGAAUUCCUGAUUACGUUCCUUGGUCGCGUCUUUACGCUUUUGGAGAAUUUGCCAGAUGCAUCUAGGGUCCGAAGCGGUUCCCCUGAAGAGUACGUGGUCAAUCAACUACCUGCUGCUUUUACGCCACUGCUUGCUGCCCUCUCUCCUGAGCUCUACGACAUUGCGCUCGACAAGAUUGCGAACUUCAUCACGAACCAUGUUGUUCACCAAGCCAAAGACGCAAUUGCAUUCAUCUGUAACAGUCUUGUCAAGAUCAACCCUGAGAAAGCUCUGAAGCGUCUGUUGCCCCAUCUCUUGGCAGGUAUCCGAACUGAGAUCGAUGAGAUUGGCGCGGGAUCGACGCGAACAACAGGCGCCGAGGUGCUCCCACGCGACCGUGCGCUUGUCUGGAACCUCUGCAUUCUUAGCAUGUGUGUUGUCCAUGUCGGUGACGCAGUUCUUGAAUGGAAGGACGAGCUCUUUGAAAUUGCAGAAUACAUGCAGCAAAAGUGCCGCGGUACGCCCACCGUACAUGUUUCCAACUUCAUUCAUCACUUGUUACUUAACCUUACAUGCACCUACACCAUCGAUUACUCCAUCUACGAGCAAGACGAACUUGAACAGGGCUUGUCAACAGAGUCGUGGGGUAGGCAGGUUGAUAUUAAGAAGCUGAACAUCAAGUGGCACAAACCGAGCUCCGAGGAGAUUGACUUCGCUGUCAAGCUUUUCGAGACCCACGCCAACAACUCCAUGAAGGCACUCAAAGCCCUUACGCAACCAGACUCACCGAUUAAACGCGAAGGCACCGGCAAAGAUUGGUCUGAUGAAGUCUCUCGUAACCUUGUUCUCUUACGUCUGAUCAUUUCCGGUAUCUCAGUCUUAUUUGAUGUCCGACACGACCAAGUCACUGAUGGCGCUGAGUCGAAUGACGACUCUGAUGCAGAUGCAAUGGACACAGAAGGCAUCGACGACGACGCCGGUCUUGGAGAAGCCGAAGAUGAAGAGGUCAAGCCUACGUUCCAGUACGAAGCUGGCUACCCGCUGCGUCGUGGCGAUGACAACUACAAUCUCAUCCACGACCUUCGCGGACAGGUUGGCCAUAUGCUGCACAACGUGCAUCAAUUCUUGAUCGAGAAGCAGCCUGAUGACGUGCCCUGCUUCAAUUCUUUGUACAAUGCUUACAGGUCGUGGUUCAUCGAUGUUGGCAUCGAGCGGUCUGCUCAUGUGCUUGACAGGAUAUCCAGGUUGUUGGAGAAUGACGAGCGACCUUUCAGGUUCAGCGGACUGCGAAAGCAGUACCCACGGCCUUUACUGGUUCGACGCGCAAACGUCUAUCAUCUGCAGCGACUACGCCACAACGCCAAUCCGCGACCCAAGACAGAUCUCGACAUGAUUUUGCUGCUUGAUCUCGCUGAAUCUAGUAUCUCAGUCUACACAGAGAUCCGACGCACGGCGCAGACAGCCAACGAAUCAGCCGUUAAGUGCGUGCUGGGCGCUAGGCCCCUUGUCAUCCCACCUCUACUAGAUGCCUUCGUCAAGGCUGUGGCCGAAAGCGACUACCCUCGUAUCAAGGGUGCCAUGUUUACACUUCUCUUCGGUAGCCUAGCGAAGACUAUCAGCCGCGACUGGCGCUUCACACCCAAGCUCAUCAAAGCUUUCAUUGAAGUCACCGGUGCCGAUAAGCCUUCAGUGCAAAAGCUUGCGACCAACGCCACGUUCCAGAUUAUGGACAUGGGUAAAGCAAUGGAGCGCAUGGUCAUCCUGCCGAAGGAGGUUGUAGAGGCCAUCGCAUACGCCAUCGACUCUAGCGAGGGCGACAGUGUACAUACCAAGGUCACCAAGCGUCGGGACUACAUCAAGAAGAAGCGCGCUCGCAUCGAGGGCAAGAAGUCUGAGCUAUCCAAGGAGCUUGUACAUAUCGCCAAUACUGAGCACUGGAAGAAGGUCAGUAGGACCGCCGCCAUCAUCGUCAACUUGGGAAUGCGUUACGACAGCAUUGCUUCCGACGAGAUGAUCGACCUCGUCACGAAGGGAUCCAUCGAUCAACAUCCCAGCCUCCGAGGCCUCUAUGCUGGUGCGCUUAUCGGCUUGUACUCGGUCAUUCAGACCCGUGCGAUCACGGGACACGACUACGAGAAGUACUUGCUCAGCGAAGAAGAGCUCCCAGAUAAGAUUUCGGUGCCGACCAGGCCAGAGGACCCAAACUGGACUGAGGAGUAUCUUGCAUCAUUUGCGCAGCCAGAAGCCAAGUACUAUGUCGACUUUGAUUAUCCUGGCUGGCUUGUAUGGAACAAGAGUAUGACCGCAUUCAAGCCCAACGCACCGCAGCUAUCAUACGAUGAGGUCGAGUCUGGCGUCCGUCAGAAGAUUGCGAAGCACCUGACUCGAUCUUGGUUCUCCAACUACUUCGCCUUCAUGAAGCAAGAGCCACGCGAUAACAGCGCUGAUAGGUUCCGUAUGUCAAGCGCGAUGGUUUUGACUCAUUCCUUUGACCUCGUCUUCUGCGGCCUAACAGAGGCGACGUUCGAAGACAUCAAGGACCUCACUCAAUCCGUAUACGCUGACGGCAGCGACAAGCAUCAGCACCGCGCCACCGCUGAGAUUAUGGCCGCACUACUAUCAUGCGCACCAGAUCUCAAGGCAGAUCAGCGUGAAGCGGUGUGGGAGUACGUUUUCCCCAUUGUGCGUGGAAUCUUCCAGGAUGGUCUGACGCCAGAAAACUCUGGGUACUGGACCACAUUCCUUCAUGUUGUGUUGCAAUCGAAGGAUCCACGCCGAGGAUGGCCGUUGGUCGACUGGCUGGCGAGCUUCCGCCUUGAUAUGGAGUCCAACGCCGCCUUCAAAGAGAGCUCCAAGGUACAUUUGCUUACGCAAUGUAUCUGUGACGCGGGUUGGCACUUCCGUCUCGAGAAGCCGAUCUUGGAGGAUUUCAUGAAGCAUCUUGACCAUCCAUACAAGGGUGUGCGAGAGGCCAUGGGCCAGACCAUCGCGAGCAUCUUCAGGACGCGUUACCACGAAUCAUACAAGGAUGUCGACACGCUUAUCAAAGCCCAGAAAGACGCUUCUUCGAUUGGUGUCCGCCCGUAUCAACCUACAGAUGAGUUCUCCAAGACCAUCACUGAAGUCUUCGAUCGCCUCGAGGUUUGGCGCCAGGAGCGUCCUGCAGGCCAGCAGACACCUUCGUCAUACACGUCAGGUGGUAAGACGGUUCUCCUCUGGCUUGACUCUACGCUGUCAUCGUACGAGUGUACGUCGCUUGUUAAAUUCUUCCCCGACGUAUUCAUGGAGCAACUGCUACACAUGAUGGACAUCAAGGAAGACCCCGAACUCCAGUCACUGGCGUAUCACGUCUUCCGCCAUCUACCGAAUAUCCCGCAUCGCCAAGGCGAGGAUGCAGACUUCAUCGCUGCUCUCAUUCGCAUUGGACGCAAUGCAACAAGUUGGCAUCAGCGUCUCAGGAUCUUGAUCAAUAUUCAGGUCAUCUACUUCCGCCGACUCUUCCUCAUGAGCGAGGAGCAGCAGCAGAGCAUGUUCGACUGCGUCUCUGCCAUGCUCUCAGAUACUCAGCUCGAGGUACGCAUGGGUGCUGCCACCACUCUAUCGGGCAUGAUUCGUUGCUCCCCCAUAGCAUUCCGCGACCGCCAAGUCUCCACGCUCAAGGAGAAGUUCACUAAGCAACUCAACAAGAAUCCAUUGCCAAAGAAGCGCAAUCCAGGAACACCAACAACAGAGCAAGGCAAGCUUGUCCUGACGCGCCACGCAGCUGUGCUAGGUCUCGGUGCGCUUAUUCAAGCCUUCCCAUAUCAGAGCCCUCCGCCAGCUUGGUUGCCCGAUGUACUGGCUACCCUGGCUAGGAAGGCUGCAGCCGACCCAGGCAUGGUUGGCAAGAGUGUCAAGACUGUUCUCGCAGACUUCAAGAAGACCCGCCAAGAUACUUGGCACGUUGAUGUCAAGGCUUUUGAACAAGAACAACUGGAGGACCUUGAGGGUACGACUUCACUAGCAACCAAUAUACUGCUGCACGACACGAAUAAAUUACACUCGUUUCCCAGCAAUCCCUAUAUCAACCGCUCUACAAUGCCAUUGACCGUGCUUUCCGAUUCGGACGUGCGUACCCUUUUACUGCAACUCACGAAGCAAGACAUUCUCGAUCUGCAGCAGAAUCUUGCGGAUGCGCUGCACCACUACUCUACCAGUACCGAAGAAGACGAUAACAAUGGGUGUUGUGAAAGCUUUCAGUCUGCAGGGACAAGCUUGAAGAGCAAAGAUGGUGGACUAAUGACUGUCACGCCGGCAAGCAGCAACGAUGGUCUAGGUGUCAGGAUAACAACACGAAUGGAGUCGGGUUCUUCAGAUACGGCCUCUGUUACUUCGUCGAUGGACUCCCUCGCACUCUCCCAUUCGUCAACUCCAGCAAGCAAGAGUUCGGCAACCACCGCAUCCAGAUCAACAUCUCUUUCUGCAUUCCAGACUUCUCCAUCAAAUGCCAGUCUAACUCUCUUUGACCGUUCUGGUAAUCCUCGGGCUUUGUUGAACUCGUCAGAGAUGACAGCUUUCCGCACCGCCCUCGCAAGCACAAUGCUCUUUAAGAAGCGAGCAAACGUGCAUGAUGUGGUAGUGUUUGGAGCAGGAAAGCAAGCCUACUGGCACAUACGGCUCACGCUUCUUCUCCGAGGCGACGACAUCCACCACCUCAAUAUCAUAAACCGAGACUUCGAGCGCGUGCACCAGCUACUGGAGAGACUAUAUAACCCACAUGAAGCGCCGCCAUCAAACUUCAACCCAGAUCCAUCAUAUAUUCCGACAUAUCGGAAAGCAGCAGGAGAAGGGGCAAAGGAUGGGCAACAAGACCCACAUCAUUAUCUUCCUCGCCCCAAGAUACAAAUACUCACCCCAGGACACGGCGAGUAUCCGCGUCUCCUCCAUGCCACUCUACGGUCCUCAAGCUGCAUUUUCCUAUGCACGCAAUCUCCAACACCUUUGUUCCCCGCAGCCAUUCUCACAAAUCCCGAAGGCAGAAAGAAAGGUCGCUACAUAGCAGCCAUUGGCUCCCUUUCCCCUCACAGCACAGAACUCCACUCAGAUAUAAUCAAACAAAACGUAGCACCUGAGCACGGCCACCGACAUUUCCACAAACAUGCGCAACAAGGAGGCGCGAUAGUGGUGGACAGCGUGGACAGAUGCCUAAAGGAAGCUGGAGAGAUUGUGCAAGCAGGUUUGGGUCCGGAACAAGUCGUCGAGAUAGGCGAGCUAGUCAUGUUGAAGCGGGAUGCGGAGAGGAGAAGGAGAGAAUGUAUGGCUGGCAAGGGUAUAGAGGCCGAGGGGCUGGAUGUGGGUGGCGUGGAAUUGGGUGAAUGCGAGAUGAACAAAAACGAAAAGAAGAAGGCGGGCAAAGGCGGUAGUAAAGAGAAGGAGAAGCAUCGUGAGAGCGAGGACAAGGCGCAUAAGAGUCUGAUUGAGUGGUUGGUCAAGGGUAAUGUGAUAUACAAGAGCGUUGGACUGGGCCUCACGGAUGUUGUAGUGGGUGGAGAUCUUGUCCGAAUAGCGGAUGAGCGCAGUAUCGGCACGAGGAUCGAGAACUUUUAG